AUGAUAUACUCCAUCGUCUUGUGGUGCAUCAUCCCUGCCUCUGGCGAAGAGUUCUAUAGAGGGGGCAGAGAGAUUUUCCUCAACAAAGAUGUUGGUCCCAUCGGGAAAAAUGUGUCCGGGUUCCGUUCGGAGUUGAUUUUGGCUGAAGUGAACUUUGAGGGUAGCCGUCCGACACGUUGUCGGCUCUCCUCGAUCCGCCAACCGGGCGAUGAUGAUCGUAUCAAGGAACUUCUCAGCGACGUCAGCAUCGUCGAGGACGACAAAAUGCUGCAGUGGGUGACCAUAUGCGGGAAACUCGAAACGAAGCUCAGGGGGGAAACCGCCUAUGACGACAUGUGGUAUAUUAUGCAAGAAAUAUACCCAGGUACCUUGUGGUGCGGACCGGGAAACGUCGCUGAAAGCUACGCUCAACUAGGUCGGUAUACUGAAACCGAUCGAUGCUGUCGGAAUCAUGACUAUUGUCCGGUGUGCAUUCCUCCUCACACGGACAAAUAUGGUUUCAACAUGACCUUCGCAUACUCUGUGCUCAGUUGUGAGUGCGACCGCCAGUUCCAUCAGUGCCUGAACAAAGCUGCGAUCAGGCAUAGAUCGGCCAGAUUUGUGAAGGAAAUCUACUUCAGGCUAUACAACGGGCAUUGUGUGGGCUACAGUAAUGGCAGACGGCGGCCCUUCAGGAUGAGCGAAGCGCUCCACGAUUAUCUGUUCAAUCGAUAGGAUCUGUGAUCUGACCCCCGGAAUGCAUUUUUAAUAAUGUAAUAAUAAAAUU